AUGCAGCGAAUUACAGCACUUGUGCAAGAGAAACUGCGGCGUGAGGCUCUCAAUCCAAACAGAGCUCUUUCCUCAGAAGAGACGGUGAAUCCCCAACGCAAACGCCAUACCAGCGCUAAUACGAAUACAAAUAUAAAUAUUAACGGUAAUGUUAACGGUAUCCUUCUUUACCCAGGUGCCAAUUCAGACAACAGGUUGGGCAGACGCAGAGAAUCUCACUCUCAUUACUGUUGGCUCUGCGCACAACGUGGUGAAUUCUUUUUAGAUGCCGAAAAAGAAAUGACACUUUGUUUUAAUUGCUUUCGAACAGCAUUUUGCGCUUUUGCGUUGCCACACAUCGAUACCCCGAAGCGGCGGGAAACGGCUGGGAAUUUCAUUGCAAAGAUCCAGCGACUUAAAGAAUAUGAAGCGGCCACUUUACCGAAACGAACAGGUCCUUCCGUGAAUAGUAAUAGUAAUAAUAAUAAUAAUAAUAAUAAUAACAGCACCAGUAGUGAUAGUGGGAAGUAUAAGAACAAUGGUAGUUCAAGUCCGUAUGGGAGUACAUCCGUUGAAGGAGAUACGGUGGAGGUGUCAUCACCGAUGCAGGCGAGUUUUGUGAUGGGUAGAUCCAUUAUGCGGCAACGGAAUUCUCGACAGAGUGAAGGUAAUAUAACCCGUGUGCCCACAAAUAAUAAUAAUAAUAAUAAUAAUAAUAAUAAUAAUAAUAAUAAUAAUACGGUUACUACUAGCAACGGUAAUAACAGGGAUGAAGCUGUAGAGGACUGGACGUGUCCACGUUGUACAUAUCUAAACAACCCAUCUUCUCCUCUUUGUGGGGCGUGUGGAUUACAAGCAUAUGGUGUACUGAAUUGCCCAUGUUGUGGAAUGGAGUGUCGAAUGGAUGAUGAACGUUUAACAAAGUGUCCGGUAGUUGGGGUUUUACAUAUUGUUUGGUGUUGUCGUUUCUGUCGAGCUGUGCAGGCAUUAGAUGGGGAUCAAUGUGCUUAUUGUAAUGCCCCACUUAUGUGGGCCUGCAGUCAUUGCACAAUGGUGCAGCGAUCUGUGAGUGGAAGUGAGGGACUGCGGCAGUGUCAGGAGUGUUGGGCCUACGCCACUCCACUGGAGGUGAUUAGAUCUCGUCCAGAUCUCGAUAAUAGUCUCAACUCCGUACUUUCCCAGCAGAGUAAUAAUAAUAACAAUAAUAAUAAUAAUAAUAAUAAUAAUAAUAAUCAUACGUAUCCUAUAGGGUUGAAGAGAGGAGGAGGAGAAGAAGGAGCUGUUAGUUCUCGAGGGGCAAUGUAUGCAGAGAGUGCCUUCACAGCACCACUGGAGGAGUUUGGUGUAAAUGACGCCAUCACACUUGCAGAGAUGUCGCGACAACAGGCAUUAGCAGAAGCAGACGCACGACUAACCCAACGCAUGAGAAAACUGGGCACGGAACAUUUAAAUACACAAAUAUCCGAUGGGAAUUGUCUUUUCCGUGCAUUAGCAAGUCAACUCUUUUCACAACCCCGUGAUCAUACAUUAAUACGAGAACUUGUUGUUUCUUAUAUGUAUGAACACGCCAAUAGUUACUCUGUUUUAUUUGAUGGAGAAAUGGAGUGGAAAUCGUAUUUACAUAAAAUGCGGCAAAGUGGAUGUUGGGGUGAUGAACUCUGUCUUAAUGCCGCUGCCCGUUGUUUUCAUGUGAAUAUUCACGUCAUUACAAGUGAGGAGAGUCGAUGGCAUCUUGUCUUUCAACAUGAUGAACUCGAAACCUCCAAUUCCUUACUUUUACCACAAACACAAACACCAAAACAAAUACAGAAAACAAGACGAGAAAAACUAAGAGAGGAAGAAGAAAAUAGAUGGAUUCCAUCUACUGUACGGCCAUUGUCUGCACGCUCCAGGGCUUUACGUAGAUCCACAUCCGGUUUCCCCUCCGAAUCCCCAUUACACACCCCAUAUCAACAAGAGAAUGGAGUUUGUUUGUUUCUCGUCUACAAAGCCCCUGUACACUAUGAUGAUGUCUCACUUCCACAUAUCAGAAAUGUGUACGAUGUGAGAGGAGAUCUCAAACGUGAACUUCUCAAAUUAUUCAGUCGUGAACAGGAGUCUUUUCGCGCCGCCAAGGAAGUAAAGACCAUCAGACAAGUACGUGAAUACACAAAACCACCCCCGGCAGUAUCCAGACGACAAAUAUCUCCACCAGCCAGGCGUUGGGAUGGGGGAAAAGGGAGAAAAGACGGAAAUGCGACUUCCCCAACACCAUCACCAUCACCACCGGGACAAUUAAUACAACUUCAACAACACCUACAACCGCCUCCACCAGCAACACCACCGAAACGACGGGCUUCACCGAGUAGUGGUGCAAACUUCUAUAGACGAGAUGAAAUAUAA